CUUGUUCACAAGGAAACUCUCUGAGGACUUUUAAAGACCCCUGCUGAUGUCCUGAGGAGCAUUUCUAAAUCACAGCAAGGCUUUGCUCUCACUGGACUGACAACACACAGUUUUGACCAGAUCCAUCCAGAUCCAGAUCCAAUCCAUGAGAACAGACUCAAUCAACGACAAGAUAAACGUCUCUGACUGUGACAGCUCUCAUCUGAGACAGCCUACAUCUGCAGAACACUGGUCCUGGUAUCUGAUUUUUAAAGUUGGUCUCUGAACAGUUCAAAGAUUGAACAAUUACAACGAUGAAUUUUUUCUUCAACAUGAUCAGUGGCCCUAAACGGCCGGCUGACGCCGGCCAACUGACAGAUAAAGGCAAGAGUGAACUUCUACAACCUGAUAAAGGACAGACAGAAGCCCUCUCUAUUUACAAAGUUCUUCUGACAGAAGAGCAGCUUCAUAUAAAAGGGUGCAGGCGUUUCAGUUUUGGGAAACAGUCCCUGAAACGUAAUCGCACUAUCAUGGUUCUUGGAGCAACUGGAGCUGGCAAGACAACACUUAUCAAUGGGAUGAUCAAUUACAUUCUUGAUGUCAAAUGGGAAGAUUUUUAUCGGUUCAAGUUAGUUGAUGAGGGUCAGUCAAAAUCACAAGAUGAAAGCCAGACUUCUGAAGUCACUGUUUACAAAAUCAACCACCAAGAGGGAUUCAAAAUAGACUAUUCCCUGACAAUUAUUGACACACCAGGUUUUGGGGACACAAGAGGAAUAGAAAGAGACAAGCUGAUCACAGAACAGCUGCGUAAUCUGUUCUCAGCAAAACACGGUGUCAGUGACAUAGACGCUGUGUGUUUUGUAGCUCAAGCCUCUUUAGCUCGACCCACACCAACACAGAAAUAUGUGUUCGACUCAGUGCUCUCGAUCUUUGGCAAAGACGUGGCCGAGAACAUCAGAAUUCUGGUGACAUUUGCAGACGGCCAGCGCCCACCAGUUCUUGAGGCAAUCGUUGCCUAUGAGGUCCCCUGUCCUAAAACAAAUAAGGGUGUCCCAGUUCACUUCAAAUUCAACAAUUCGGCAUUAUUUGCAGACAACAAAUUAUCGGGACAAGAUGAAGAUGAAGAUGAGGAUGAAGGCAAUUUUGAUCAAAUGUUUUGGGACAUGGGUACAAAAAGCAUGAAGAACUUCUUCACAGCUUUGAAUGUCAUAACAACCAAAAGCUUGACUUUGACAAAGCAGGUCCUCAGAGAGCGAGAGCAGCUUGAAAAUUCAGUUGAAAAUUUGCAGAUGAAGGUUAAACUCGGCUUAGCAAAGCUGGAGGAGAUAAAAGAGGCAACACAAAUUCUUCAGGAGCAUAAGGCAGAAGCCACUAGAAAUGAGAAAUUUGAAUUUGAAGUCACUGUGAAAAAGCCCAUUCAAGUAGAUAUUUCCAACACUGGAUAUUACAUCAACAACUGUCAGCAAUGUCACACAACCUGCCAUGAUCCCUGUAGCAUACAAAAUGAUAACGAUAAGGCACGCUGUGCUGCAAUGGGAUCAGAUGGGUUUUGCACUGUGUGCAAAGGCAAAUGUCACUGGACAGUGCAUUUUUGUCAGAAGUACAAAUGGGAGUAUAGGGAAGUUAAAGAAAAACGAACAAUACAAGAGCUCAAAGACAAGUAUCAAAAAGCCACAAAGGCCAAGAUGACCGUUCAGGAACUGAUAAAAAAGCUGAAGGAUGAUUAUGAGGAAGUGCAGGAUGAGGUGGUGACUCUGAUAAAGAGGUCAGCAAAGUGUUCAGACAGACUCAAAGAGAUAGCACUCAAACCAAAUCCACUCUCUAUUCCAGAGUACAUUGACUUACUCAUUGAAGGAGAGAAAUCUGAGGCCAAGUCAGGCUGGAAGCAACGUGUUCAGGCCCUGAUGGCCAUGAGGGAAAAGGCAGUGAUCAUGGCUAAAGUAGCCAGAAGAGAAAAACUCCUCCAAAGUCCCAGCUUUUGAAUCUGUCCAACAGUCUGAUUCAAACUUAGCUGGUGUCAGCUAGCAUCACACUUGUUAGGAGUCCAAGCACCCAAGGUGCUGGACUCAAGGUGCUGGUUGGAUUAUUGGUGUGCUUCCUUUAAAAAAGCACACUUAUACCCUCCUCUUUGCUUCCUCAUUAUUCGUUUUUUUUUUUUCUUCCAUGAAAUUUUGUUGUCUAGCUCCUUCCAAACUGUUUGAAGCUGCUGACACCAUUCAAACUUUAAAAUGUACCACAUGUUCUGCUGCAGUGAGCUUUUAUUCAGAUUUUUGAUAUUAUAGGUUUUGAGAAGUCACAAUUUUAGUUUUCUGCAGCUUUCAGAGAUGACAUAUAAUGUGUCAUAAUGUGUAUAAUGUGUCUCUCUGGAGUGAGUGAUGUCAUGACACACUCUGGCUCUCCCAUACACACUCAUUAUCUCAGCAAUUUGAAACAAUUUAACUGUUGUUUCCCUGUCCAAACCUUUUCUGCUUUUUGAACUCGUGCACAUUUGGAAGCAACAUGACUCCUAACAUUUGAGUUUUGAGCGUUUGUUUCAGCUUUCAGUCAGAUGACUAAUGAACACACCUAUGCCUGUUUUCACAGGUUGUGCUUAUGUUUGUCCUCAGUUCAGCAGUCAUGUGACCUCCACUCACUUCUCUUAGUACUACUAUUACUACUACUACUACUACUAUUACUACUACUAUUACUACUACUACUACUACUAAUACUACUACUACUACUACUACUACUACUACUACUAUUACUACUACUACUACCACUACUACCAAUUCCAGUGCCACUUCAGCUACUUUUUAGCUUUUGUUUGUGGUCAUGCCCUGUUUUCAGCUCAGUGUAAGCAGUCAGUCUGCACUUCAGACACUUAAGGUUGUUACACACCGGCAUGCAUAGCGAAAUAGCGGAACAAAAGUGCAAAAAAACUCACUGGUGAAAAUUUCACCUUAAACUAUUUACACCAAUCAGCAAUGCGAAUGUGCAUAUUGCGAUAUAUAAAUCCCGCAGCGCGCAGGAGAGCGUUCAACUUCGUCCUCCGAUGAGGACCUUGUCAUUAUUGAAUUGCUUAUCCGUCCAAAGAGGAGAUUUUGGGUACACCCGCUUUUACAGAGCAGGGAUAGAGGAGGGGAAUCCCACCUGCUGAUGCAGGAAUUAAAAUUGUAUCAAGACCGUUUCCAAACUUAUUUUGGGAUGUCCGUGGGACAGUCCGAGACUCUCCUGGGUCUGCUGGCACCACAUCCAGAGAGACAGAGAACCAACUAUCAGGAUCCCAUUGACCCAGAGCAGCGACUGGCUGUCUGUGUGAGGCAGGCUGUCAGAAUAUUUUAGUGGACAACUACUGAGGAGAGACGCUGCCUCUCCUGCAGGCUCUGACCUAAUGCUGUUGUUGUGAAUGGAGACUGCUGAUUGGCUGCUGCAGUUUGUUCGCCUAAAAAAAUCAAGCUUGUUGCGGAAAAUAAAUGUCUCGUAUUUCAACUUUUCAUAUUUCGCGAUCUAUGUGCAAGUACUGAUUGCAUGUUAUGAGUUUAAAAAAAUACGAAGUAUUCGCAAUUAACUAAUGCCAUUGGUGUGCAAGAACCUUUAUAACUGCAUGUGUGUAAAUCAUCACUGUUCCCACAAUUUUCAGUAUACAUACUCACAAAAUGUUAGACUAUAUAUGUUUACUACAGGCAAACACAGUAUGCAGUAUGUACUACAUACUGUUUUUCAUAGUAUGAGGCAUGAAAUUUAAAUCAAUGUAAUUUGCAGUAUGCUGGGCCAAGCUUAGCUGGUUUUUGGGUUUGGAAACUGGAGGUAAAAAUCAGCAUGGCUGAUGGGAAACCACCACUACUGUGUAGCAUCCUUCUGCUAUAAAAAAAAAAAAAAAAGAUAUAAAUGUGGGUUUUUAUGAUUUUCCCAAAGAUAAAUA